GUCACGCAGCAGUGCCACCGAAAGCCAAUGACCAUUCACAAUAGUGGAUCGCACUACAUGUUGCCCCCAUCGGACUGCGGUGCGCAACAGCAUACACCAGCGGCUCUCAUGAUGGCAACUUGGUAGCCCCGGCAAGUCAGGAAAACGGGGUGCGAUGCCAGCGUUCGCGUCAGACUCGUCAGUCCCGAAGAAAGCACGCCACCGAAUCGCGCCCAUCCGCCCUCGCAGUCUGCACGAGUGGCACUGCUGGCACGUUGCACUAAUCACGCAACACCCGCCAGAACAGCAACAUUUCGCGCAGCUGGAGAACACCGCGCGAUUCCCGCGAGACGACGACGGGGCUCGCCAUGCGGCCAAGCCAUGCAAGGGGGCUGCCCCGCGGGCUGCCGAAGCUUUGCACGUUGGCGUUUGGGCAACUACGGGCUAGAACCACCAUGGGACGCCAGAGUUUCAAAGCAAGCGGACGCCAUCGCAGGCACCGCUCGCUGUGUCUCGAGGGCUCCUCAAGUUAUCUGCAUCGUCGAGAAUGUGGUGAGCUGCUGACCCUGAGCCGGAUGCAAUGAUCAAACUUUUUUGACACGAAUGGCACCGCCUCGCAGCACAGUCCACGACAGCACAAGCGCUCGGGAAUGCCAUGGGACGGAUUUGAUCCUCCUCCCAGCCCCGUCCGAGACGGGCCGCCCCGGACCGUGUGCACGCUCCCCAGGCCAUGCCUGCCACACAGGCGCAAGUUUCCGGAAGCGAAGGGGGGGCGAGCGGGCACCGCCGCGGUGGAGCGCGCCGAAGCGAGGCGUCGGCUGCCGAGGCCACAGUGCCCGCCCCCCUGAAACGUGCAGCCUCCCGGGGCAGCUGCCGGAGAGAGGGGAGGAGGGGGAGGAGGAGCGGAGAGAGGGGAGGAGGGGGAGGAGGAGGGGGAGGAGGAGGAGCGGGGGCGCCUGCCGAAGGAGACUGCAGAACUUGGCCGCCCCGAUACGCAACCCGCAGCCCGCAGCGUGCUGACGCGGAGCUCCACACGCAGACCGAAAGCGCAGGUCUGGCGCGAUGCGUUCGCCGAAACGCGGGGCCAGCACGCUGAGCCAACACGCAGCGUGCUAACACGGACGUCUUGAACACGGCACGUGUUGCGUUUCAAAACGGGCGUAUCAGGGCAGCUCGGCAACAGUACGGAGCUCGACCACAAGAAGAACCUUCCACAAUCCGCAAGGGACCAACCUCUGACCCCCCCCUGUUGCGGCCGCGCGCUCCCGCGAGCGCGCGCGCGCGAAAAGCGCGCCCCUCUGGGCGCGCACAGGUGCAGACUCGUCGCGUGCAGGCUCCCCGCGAGGGAUGUCGUGAGAGCAGUAAGAACCACAACAGCCACAACUCCAUAGAACUCCGCUCCCAAUGGCCAUCCCCCCGAGCUGGUGGCACUCCGAUCCGGGCACUCUCUGGGGUCACGCCCAGAACGGGGUGCCACCA